CAACAGAAUUAUGGCGGAAAAUGUAAACGUGCCGUAUUACACAUUAUAUAGGAGCAACGUGCAUAUUCUGUUAAAUGUAAUUCACUUUGAGUUAGGUCGCACGCCCACUGUACUACGAAACGUCUGUGAUAUAUAAGAACUAUUAAAAAAUUGUGUUUUAUAAAAAUUGUCGUCAAGAUUGUGAAGGUGUGAUUAUCUUGAAGAUAAACAAAUGACGUAGAACCAAUGGCAAGUGAUGAGUGAGUACUACAAAGAACAGCAUCCGUUGCUAUGUGAGGAGUUGUCUGAAGAGGAGCAAUACAGCCCUCGGUACCACCGUAGACUUCGGCCCAUGAGCUACAGGGGCCGUGCCCGGAACAACCUGAAAGGGGCCGCUUCUAUCAUAACCCGGUGGCCAGAUCAUUGGUCUUCCUUUCUAGUUUAUUGGUGGAUAGGACUCGGAAUGAUAAGCCUUACGACGUUUAUUGUUUAUAAUAGCCUGUUUGCAUUCUCAAUGUUACCAUCAGCUAACAUGAAACCAGCAGGCAACAUUAUAUUAGAUCCAAAAGACAAAACAUCACAAAAACCUUCUUUGUUACCAGAUGUGUAUAUGCACAUCUUCACUAGACAAAAUGAGGAAGUCGACUUCAACCAAUAUUUACCAAACAUUGAAGCAAUAUCGAACAAAUACGCCAAUUUCAAAUAUCACGUAAUCGUAGUAAUAAAUGAUACGAAUUUGGAUUGGCUGAGCGCUGAAGAGAAUAAUGAACUAGCAUUAAAUUCACUCUGGUCAAAGGAACCCAAGAAAGUAGUAACUACAAAGCCAAAUAUAGUCGUUGAAUAUAUAACACUCUCUGCAUACAUGGAAAAUUCCCCUUUAAGGAAAUAUUGGAAGACGUUGCCUCAUCAAUUGAUCGAGUUCUUAACACGAGCCAUCUCUAUAUGGGACAAAGGUGGUAUAACUUUUAACCCUAAUAUUUUGGCACCCAAACCUCAACAGACGCUUUAUACCGAAAAGUUACAUAAAUUGCUCAGCAAAUAUGCAAAUAGGAAUAAGGUACUUAGUGAUUAUAAAAUAGUAAACAAAAUAAAUAGAACGCCCAAGAAAGAAAAGAAAUUAAAUAAUAUUCAAGAUAUUAUUAAUGCUUUGGAAAACGAAGAAAAUCCAGUUAAUGUGCUUUCACAGCAAACACUUACGGAAGCUGAAAAUGUUAAGUCGCCAAUCAUCGCUAGAAAUGAACGCCAUAUCUUUUCUGCAACAGAAGCUGUAACGAAGAAUAGUACGGAGAAAAAUACAGAACUACUCAAUCACAUGCAACAACAUUCACGUAUUAAUUCGUACCCAAGCGAAGAUCCAAUUCAUACGAUACUAAAUAGCAAUACUGAUACAACUAGACCACUAGAUGUUAGUCGUAAUGCAACCAAGUUAAGUCUGCUGCCAUUAUUCCUAGAAUUUUUAUUUCAUAACAAACUCAGUGCUAAACCAAUUGCAACCGAGCCACCUAUAGCAAAUAGGACACGCAGGAAUGUAAUUGAAUUACCUAAAUCAGAGGACACUAGUGGUGCUUUAUCGACGCAUUCAAUGGAUAAGCCGGCAAAAAAAGUAGUCGAUACCUACAAACCAGUCAUUGUUUCUGCAGUAGGCAUUUAUAAUAAAUCGGAUUAUACUAAACCUAUUACAGAAAAGCCCAGUAAAGAUAUUGAUGACAGUAUGGAGAAAAAUCGAUUGACAAUAGAUUUGAAAGGUAAUAUCAUAGCAACUGACACAGCCUGCCAUGCGUUCUUAGGUACAGUAUUCAGUAAUGCAGUUCAUCACAGUCAAGAGGAAAGUGUAACAGAUUUUAUCAUUGCUGAGUUGACGAUUUUUUGUAAAGGACUUUUAUCUUCGUGUACGGGUAUUGACUUGAUUUUACUAUAAUAUUUCAUUAUUGUUAUUUUAGGAAAGUGUAUUAAAUUAUUUAUUUAUA